GAUCCAACUGCUGAUAACAUCGAGACGGCUCUGAAGGUCGGUGUUGCUACCGCGGGCGUUGGCUUCAUGUUCGGCGGUGCGGUCGGCAUCCUCAAGAAUCUUCCACUAUCUCUAUCGGCAGGUGUUACCUCCUUACAGUCCUUUGGUCUCGGAGCAGUCUUUACGUUUACUCGUCUAUCUGUGAUUCAAGCAUGGACCACGGAGCUGCAGACUCCCACGCCUGGUGAUCUCAUUAAAGCCACAGCUAUCGCUGGAGCAUUCUCUGGAGGCUCACUUGGCGCCCUUUUCCGUGGACGCAAGAACGUGAUCCCCGGGGCAAUCAUGUGGUGCAUCUUCGGUGCCACAGGCCAGUUCAUGUACAAUAGAAGGACCUUGCCAGCCCAGCGCGCUGAAGUCAAGGGACCUGGAUUUUGGCAGAGCAUGAGUGACAAAAGCUGGACGCCCUUCAAGGUCCUAAGUAAUGAGGAGUACGCCGGCAUGCUCAAAGAGAAACUGUUGAGGGUCGAGGCAGAAAUAUCGAUCAUUGACGAUAAGAUUGCUGCUAUGAAAGGACAGCAGCAAGCGGAAGUUGCCAGAGAAGGAGAGGCUGCGGCGAAGAAGAGCUGAGAGCAGCGUCACCUUUGUAACAAGUGGCGAACGAGAAAGCAAGGGUCGCCGCUAUGGCUUUAGAGACUCAGUCAGUCCACGGCCAGCUGAAUAGAACCGCACAGAACUCGUCGGGACGGGGACAUAUAGGACAGGAAGCCUUUCAUUCCUGGCAUUGAAAUUUGGACGUGGGCACCUUGAUGGAGAAUGUUGGUCGCGUAGAGAAUGUCUCCAAAGUCUUUCCAGAUGGCGAAAUUGACGAUUGCGGAGGGAUGUUCGUUGAAGCUAUGCAACGAAGCAGCUUGCGUGGACGACUUCGACGGUGAAGCUCGCCCGUCACCGUGGCGACCCGCUUCGAGCAAACUCGCGCCCUACCAAUAUCAACAUGUUUCCUCGGCGGCCGUGUGGAGACACAACGAGAAAUUGCUACACAUCCGACGACACGAACCUGGCCAACGAAUCGCACUCCGUGACCUCAACCAGCGGCCAUAGCACCAUAUCAGAGAAGCGCUCGCCCUCGUCCACACUCAGCGAACAGAUUGGCGACGAAACCAUCAUCAGCUCGCGCGCCAUCGCAGUCGCGUCACCCCGUCUCGCUCCGACAGCACGCAGGCGAUCACAAACAAAUCACCGCCACCGGUGGCAGCGCCAUGCCGUCGUACUUGGAAGCACAAGUCACGUCGGGCAACUACUUCUCUAGGAAGCCUGUGCGUGCCAACAGCACCAUACGACAGGUUCACGCACCAGAUGAAAGCUCUUCAGACCCAUCCCUUCACGAGCCGAUAAGUCACGAUGUGAAGGCAGCUCCUAAUGGCUCACACACGGAACACGUAUACCAUAACGCCAGAGAUCCCAAGCUGUUUCAAUCAAAUGACUGCUUCUCUCGUCAAUCUUCAAGACUUCCACAUCCGUUUCAGCUUCUGCCGACUACUGUCAGUCCUCCCAAGUCAUUCGCGUUCGAGCUCGAGCCGUUAAUGGAAAGAACCCCUGGCGUUCUGUAUCGCGUUGGCGGCGAAGUGGCUUACCAGGACGUGUGCGUUGUGUACCGAGCGCGACCUCACAGCUACCGGGAACUUACAGCUGAUAGACUCGGUGCCGCGUACGCCGAUGCGACAAUAUCAGCUGAGCCGCUCACUUCACGUCCAGUUCCGGAGCAAAUCACGCAGGAUUGGCGAGAUAGGGAGCAGUAUGCGCGUGGCUUCUCUUACAACAGACAGGAAGUUCAUGACCAGGAAGUCGAGCAGACGCAGGCAGUCCUGGAUGUCUCCUUCUACCUUGACGCGGUCGAAGAGCAGGAGGUCAACGAUCACACAAUGGAGUCGAGCGAACAGUCCAUGCACAUCCACGCAACCGGCGAUCUAAUCAUGAGCGAUGCUUUGCCACAGGACGCAGGAUCCGUUCGGCAAUCUGAAGGACACCAUGAGUUGGUGCAGGAGCAGUUCGAUUAUCACUACCAUGGCUCGAAUCAGUAUGCGCACACCUCUAGAUCACGUUGAAGUUCCCAACAUGAUGGAGGUUCGGCCACUAGGGAGCGCGGGCAAGGUGAUCGAGGCUGUACGAGUGAAGUUCACCUUAUAGCUACCGUGGAUGAGCACAUUCUUGUCGUGUGCGACUGGAGUGGUGGUUCCAGCAUAGGAAAUUCCGAAGUUG